AAUAAAUACGAUUUCUACAUAAUGCUAUGUUUGCUAAAAUUUAUUUUUUUCAGUUUCGACGUAUAGCUUUUGUUGGUUCUUGAACAUAUGUACAUAUGUUUACAUUAACAACAUGGCAUGUGUUGUUGUGUAAAUGAUUUAAUAUUCCAUUGCUGUUUUCCUAUAUUAUGAGCAAAUGAGUUUUAUUAUAUUGCGGAUAUUUCUUAAGAAACAAUCGCUUUGGAAUAAUAAUAAUAUCCAAUCUCAAUUCAUAUAUAAGUACAUUGUAGAAAAAUAGAUUUUUUAGAUCUUAAACUCAUUUCAUAGAAAUGAAAAGUGAAUUAUUCUUUAAAUAAUUAUCUUUUUUUUUCACAUCUACAUAAAUUCCAACUCCAUUGACGUAUUCAGUGACUGUAAAUUUUUCAACAAUUUCUAAGUGCUUUUAGCUAAAGCUUUGACUUGUAACUACGAUGAGGGCGCAGAAAGACUAUACUAUGUUAUUAUUUUUCGACGUGAUUUAUUUGAUCCUGUUUAUAGCGUGUAGCAGUGCUAAAGUGAAUGAUGAAUAUGAAUAUCAAACACCUAUUGAAAAAAGAAUAAAAAGUUCAUUGAGUACAAUUUGUGUUGAAAUAAAACCUAGUCACUCACAAGAGGAUCCAUAUCUUAUAUGUAAAGGUGGAAAACUUCCCGGAAAUGUACAAGUACCAUAUACUAAAAAUAAUAUUUUCUUAGGCAACGAUCGCAACUUCAAAUCCAUGUCCGUAUAUGAACAAGCUAAAAAUAACUAUGUUGCACGACAACCCUUCCUUCACUUUGAAAAUGUACAAUUCAAUAUAAAUAAAGAAAAUUCUUGGCCUGAAGAUAAAAAGAACUGCCAAUAUAAGGUUUUAUUUAACCAAAAUCCUUCUCAACAAUCGAACUUCGUUAAUAGAUAUACGCAGCCAACUCAUUCUAAUUCAGAAACCACUACACCUCGCUUGAAUUCUUAUCGGGAUGAUCAAAGAUUACCAACAUCGAUGCCAUUCAUAUUAAGCACAGUUGAAUACAAAGAGGACAAUAAAAUACCAUCAAGACAAUAUAAUUCUAACAAUAAAUAUUUGAAAAAGAGUAAGGUAGACGAAGAUGCUAUUGCACUAUGUGAUCUUAAUCAAUCAAAUUAUGACUAUUUUACUAACUUCGGUACAAAGAAUUUAGAGUCUGAGAAAUGGGAUUUUAACCUUGCAAAUGAUAAUUCUGCUGACUCUUUACAAUAUUUAUUAAAUGCACCUAUCCCAGGGCCAGAGAUUAAAAUGGCUUCGCCAACCGUCGUAAAAGAAUUACCAUUAGUUAAUGACGCUAUUCAAAGUGCAGUUAUUCCGAGAGACAACCCAUAUGAAUGGAAAAGAAAAUAUUCUGAUGAAAAUAGAUUGGAACUGGAUUGGACUGGAAUACAAUUAAAUUCAGAAGCUGGUAGCUUUCCUCAGCCAUUGCCGGAAUCAUAUAGAGAAAAGCAAAUAUUUAAAAACACAUUGACAUUUAGUUUGGAUAAGAUUAUGCAGGAAUUUUAUAAUUCAUUCUAUGAUACCCCAGUAUUAACAAUUUCACAUUCAGAAGAAAUUACUAGUAUUGCUUGCCAACAAAUAUUUAGUGAAAUAAGUAACCCAAACAAACAAUAUUCAGCAGAAAGCAUUCAAAAUGAAGUACCGCAUACUAUCCAAUGGAUUCAGAGUAUACAGGAAGGUCAAUGUGAUGAUUUCCGAAAAGAAUCAAAUUCUGUCUCAGAAGCACCUUCGAAUCGAUGUUGUAAAGUUUGUCCACCUGAAACGGGGUUCACUUUACCACCAAUCAUUAUUACUCUGACAUGUUAUAAUCCUUCAUCUGAACAUAUACUUCCGGAUUCAUUGUCUUGUUAUAGAUAUCUACCACCAACGUACAAUAGGCCGCCUUAUGAAAGUAUGAUACCACGAUUAUGUGGCUUACUAGGUCCAGCAAGUGCAUUAUUGCCAACAUCACAUGUCGCGGACACAUUUCGCGCUCACGGGAUAUUUCGGAGUACAACACCCAUACCAGAAAUUUCGCGAUCAAAUCCAUUAACAUAUGCAUCCCAGCCAGCAUUGACGGAGUUCCCACUAAGCAAUUUUCCUAAUUAUUUACGUCCACAUAUUGAGGACGCUACCGUAGCAGUACAAUUAGAUAAUAUGCAAACAACAACAUUGCCUAUGACCACAUCUUUAGCCGGGUCUUCGGAUGUAGAUCCCUCAAUAUCAGUAAAAUCAAUUGAGGAUUUACAAAACUCCACAUUUCAAAGUCAAAGUCAAAUUAGAAAUUUUAAAACAGCUAAACCUAUUGCGAUAACGCAGGCGUCGAUAACCGAAGAUUGGAAUCGAGCUGGGGAGGAGUCGACUAAAAAAUUUUUAACUAUUAUUGAAAAAGCUCGACGCCUACAUUUCCGGCACAAGAUUAAUUCGAAUUGAAAUUGUCUAAAUAAUGACUAGCUUUGCAGAGACAUGCAUAUUUACCUCAAUGAGAAGGUAAAAACGGUAUAAAAUAGAAACUACUAAUAUUGAAACAAAAUUUAAAGUUAUAACCUGGUCAUAUCCGACA